GUCAUCAGUCAGCUCAGCCUUUCGGGCGAAACUGGAUUCUAUAUGCGCGCGCAUAUAUAUAUAUAUAUACAUGAGUGUGUCGGUGGUUAAGAGAGCGAUGGCGACUGUGCCAAAUCCUUUCAAUUCUAUCGUUCCGUCUCUUUCUUGCUUAUGAGCUGGCCUCAAUUUUCCUAAUUUUUCCCUUCCAAUAACGAGAAGGUUCAAUUAGAGGUUGCAGCUUUAAAUGAUAGAACUAUCUCCGUAACUACGUCCAAAAAUGCCAGACCAAGACCGAAGCGAACUGGAACAGAACACCGCCAGGCUUAUCCGACAGGCGCGGAACAAGCAACCUGAGGUUGUCCUCGACCGGCUGGAUACGAGCGUUCCUGCGAGCAGCGAUAAUAGAGAGUCAUCUUUAGGUGGCUAUCAACAUAGCCCACGCUCCUUUUCUUCACGCCAUCGUACCGGACGAACUCCAGUAGCACUGGAACUGCCCAGCUUCAAACCACAGCAGCUCCAGCCCCACAAAACUCUUCCUAUCCCGCCACAACCUAGGCGUUCUCCACGGCAAUAUAUUGAGGACCUCAUUUAUUCACCGCGCUUCGGUCUGAGGUCGCCACUUAGCGCUCGUAGUGCGGCCUUUUUGAUCAGCCUUCAGCACACUUUCAAGUCAGCGGUGGAACUAUGCCGCCGCCAAAACCCCCAGGACCGGAUUGCCCCUAACGGGGUAGAAAAAGGCCCGACCGACUCCGGGAUUGAAGCACGCCAACUAGAAGCCCAGAUUGCCGCCGAUCUCAAAAGGAAGAAGAGCACUCGAAAAUUCGAGCCAUGGCGACUGAUCCUGAUUGUAUCUUGUGUGAUGGCCAUUCUCGCCGUGGUUAUCCUGUCGAUCGUCUUGAUACAGGUUGAUCGCAUGGGAUCAAAACGCGCCUCGCACUGGCUCAUGGCUGCUAGUGGCAGUCUUGUGGUGCUGACCGCGAUUCUGAUGUUUGCGGCGCGACGACCAGCCGUGGAGAUUCUGACAAUGGCCUUGCUUGGUGUUCUCUUAUGUCAGUGCGUCAUGGGCGACUUCUACGCAAACAAAAUAUGAUCUUGAGAGCAUACGUCGGUGCUAUUUCAAUCUUCUCCUUGCGUGAGGUUAUGGUGCUGAUGAGUAGCAAAUCGGACUGGCCGAAAUUUGCAAACUCGUUCCGCUCUCGCCGCAGUUUGCACAACGCAACCGCGAAAUCGAUGCGCUUUAUCCUAAUUAUAUAGACGAAGGGAUUCCAAUCGCCAAUUUGACGUACUCUAAUGUUAAUGAUAUUUUGUUCUUGACGAUUUGACGGACACAG